AUGAAAAGAAGUUCAAAACAAUUCCGUUCAACAACAACAACAACAACGAGUAAUGGUCGAAAUGGCAACACUACAAGCACCACCAACAAAAGAACAAGUAACUCAUCGGGCCAAUCAUCAAAACCACAUUUAAAAUCCAAAUUGGAAAAUAUUCUCGCCAGUCGAAAGAAGAGAAAAACCAUUCAAGAAGAUGAUGAUGAAAUUCAUUCCGACGUGGAAGAAGAUUUUGAAGUCUCUCCUGAACAAUUAUUAAAACAUAAGGAUGAUGAGGAAGAGGAACAUCGAAUUCGAGAUGCGAGUGAAGUAGCACCACAACAAGAGGAUGAAGAGGAAUUGACUGCUGCUGAAAAGAGAGUUUUGAAUGCAAAACAAUUUUUGGAAAAUUUAAAAGUUUAUGAAGAAGAUAAAGAAGAAGAAGAAGAAUUUAAGAGAAUGAUGGAUGGAGAGGAUCCCAUUGCUCAAGCUUUGAAACGAGAGGCUUUAAAAGCAAAAAAACAAAUUCCUUCCAUGUAUCAUGAAUAUUUAGAAGAGAUUGAUUUUACAGAACCUUCUCGAGUUACAUUUCUGAAAGGUCACAAAAAAACUCCAACUUGUAUUGUGUUAAAUAAUAGUGGCAGUAGCAGCUCUAAUUCACCACUUCGAGCAUUUACAGGAGCUAAGGAUGGAUGCAUUAUACAUUGGGAUUUAACAACUCAAAAGAAAAUUUCAAUUACAAAAAAGGCACAUGAUAAUUGUGAAAUUUUGUGUUGUGCUUUAAGCUUUGAUGGAAGUAUUCUAGCAACUGGUGGAAGAGAUAACAAGAUUAGAUUAUGGGAUACAAGAACUAUGAAACCUAUUGAUGUUUUUGAAGGACAUUUUAAACCUGUCACUUGUCUUGCAUUUCAAAUGGGACAUCAAGCCAAUGUGAAUGCAUCUUCUAAUAACUCUUCAUAUGCUUUUCAAUUAUACAGUGGAUCUCUGGACAGAACCAUUAAAGUAUGGGAUGCAAGAGAUUUAACAUUUAUUGACACAUUAUAUGGUCAUGAAAGUGAAGUUCAAGGAAUUGACACCAUGAUCACUCCACAUGCAGUGAGUUGUGGUAGUGAUGCAUCUCUUCGAUAUUGGAAAGUUGAAGAUGAAACUCAAUUAAUUUUUAAAAACUCUGCAAGCAAAUAUUCAGUCGAUUGUGUGAAAAUGUUGAGGGAAAAUACAUAUGUGAGUGGUUCACAAGAUGGAUCAGUUUCCAUGUGGAUUAAAACAAAGAAGAAACCAAUUGUUCACUUUGAAAAUGCUCAUGGUGGAGAAUGGAUUAGCUCUGUAGGUGCAUUGCGAUUUUCUGACGUUGUUGCUACAGGUUCCUGUGAUGGAUAUCUCAAAUUAUGGAGAUGUGAUCCCAAUGCCAAGAUUUUACAAUUGAAGAAUAACAUUCCAUUGCAAGGAUUUGUGAAUGGAAUUGAUUUUUCAUCCAAUGGUCAAUUUUUAACAGCAUGUAUAGGUCAAGAACAUCGUUUAGGAAGAUGGUUUAAAAAGAAGGAAUCGACAACAACGUCUUCAAACCAUGCAUUGACGACAGUGAAGAAUGGAAUUGCUCUUGUGAAAUUGUUGAGUGAUGAAAUGUUGAUGCAAGACAAGCACGAAGGAAAUGGAGAAUCCAAAAGACGAAAUGGCUCUAUUUUCAACAAUGAAGAUGUGUUGGCUCAUGAUGACGAGGAAGAAGAGGAUCAUGAUGGAGAGGAUCACUUUUUUCUCUAG